CUUGCGGGAAGAAGUUGGUGUUUCUCUGGGCCCUGGUGCUGAGGACGCAGUCCGGGUGGCCCCUGGCCUCUUCCUACCCACCCCUCAGCCCGCCUUUUCCCCCGCUCAUCUGGCAGGAUGAAGCGUGCAGGCCUGGGUGAAGGAGUACCUCCUGGCAACUAUGGGAACUAUGGCUAUCCUAAUAGUGGAUAUAGUGCCUGUGAAGAAGAAAAUGAGAGACUCACGGAAAGUCUAAGAAACAAAGUAACUGCUAUAAAAUCUCUUUCCAUUGAAAUAGGCCACGAAGUUAAACAUCAAAAUAAAUUAUUAGCUGAAAUGGAUUCAGAGUUUGAUUCUACAACUGGAUUUCUAGGUAAAACUAUGGGAAAACUGAAGAUUUUAUCCAGAGGGAGCCAAACAAAGCUGCUGUGCUAUAUGAUGCUGUUUUCGUUGUUUGUCUUUUUUGUCAUUUAUUGGAUUAUUAAACUGAGGUGAUGCAAGUUAGUGUGAAUUUGGAAUUUGUUCCAACUUAACGGCUUGGAGUACCACUUCAGUAAAAAAUCAGCAUCAGAACAUUCUUAAAUUUCAAAUAAUACUAUGGCUUUUUCCAUCAAAGAU